AUGUCUGAAAGGUGUGCUAUAACACCCAUAUUGCCAGCCAUCUUGCUCGCAGCCAUCAUCUUCCUCAUAUGUGGAGAUUGCAUAAUCUACAAAGUUUCGUUUCCAACAGUAUCCAUAGAUGAGAAAGACAAUUCAAACUCAACAAUUGCGCCCAUCGCACAAGUGCACACUGAGCCAACUUUAGUUGGAGAGCCACUGCAGUCCUCGCCAAAUAACAGGGAUGAUAAUGAUAGUGAACCUUUCGAUUCGCUAGUAGUUCCAUCCAAUAUUUCAGGAAAAAAGGAAAGAAUUGAUUGGUUUAGGAAGCAUCUUCCUGACUUUCGGAUUUUACAGUCUAACAACUUGACGCAGAAGUUCCACGAUCGAUUUCUGGAGUUCCUCAGCCAAAAGUGUGAGACACAGUUCUUCAUGACAUGGGUAUCUCCAGCAAGGUCUUUCAGGGGCAGAGAAUUAAUGGCAGUAGAAAGUGUUUUUAAGUCUCACCCACGUGGAUGCUUAACUAUUCUAUCAAGAACACUGGAUUCAGAAAGAGGCUGCCAGAUUCUUAAACCUCUACUUGAUCAUGGGUUUAAAAUUCAGGCAAUCACACCGGACUUGCCUUCGCUGUUCAAAAACACCCCGGUGGAGGCUUGGUUUGAUGAGUUGAAGAGAGGAAAAAAAGAUCCAGGUCAGAUUCCUUUAGCUCAGAAUCUAUCUAACCUCAUGAGACUUGCAGUUUUAUACAAGUAUGGAGGUGUUUACAUCGAUACAGAUUUUAUUGUUUUGAAGUCUUUCAUCGGUUUGAAGAACUCAAUUGGCGCACAAAGUAUUGAUCCAGUAUCUAAGAACUGGAGAAUACUGAAUAAUGCUGUUCUUGUUUUUGAUAAGAAUCAUCCACUUCUAGAGAAAUUCAUGGAAGAUUUCGCAUCAAAUUUUGAUGGGAGCAGAUGGGGCUAUAAUGGACCUUUUCUGGUCUCCAGAGUAAUGUCAAAGGUAACAGGAGCCACAGCUAGACCUGGUUUCAAUGUCACCGUAUUACCACCUGCAGCGUUCUACCCAGUGGACUGGACUAAGAUUGGUGAACUUUUUAAAAAGCCAGAAAACCAAGCAGCUGCAAGUUGGGCAAAAGCAAAACAAGCUCAGAUAAAUAAAGAGGCUUAUGGAAUACACCUAUGGAACAAGCAGAGUAAGACUCAUAUAACGCAAAAGGGAAGCGUGAUAGAAAGAUUAUUCUCCGAUCAUUGCAUCAUUUGCAGCUAUACUUAGGAUUAGGGAAAGCAAACUACAAUUUAUUUAAUACACUAACAGUGAACCAUUUUCCUCCCAAGAAUCAUAAUGAGAUCAUGACCCAAUCUUUUAUCCCAGAUGUGAAAUUUCCCAAAUUAUAGCUUUUCUUUGUUUUCGUCUGUUUUUGUGAGUCUGCAAUUACUCUAAUGCACAACCUUUGAAGGCAUCAAGGGUUUACUCAAAGACUCAAAUAAGAGACCUCUACAUAGGUGUUUAAGAGAAUGAAUCUUCCCAAUCGCAUUCAUUUACUAAUUUUCUACAAUAUCAUGAUCAGAAAUAUUACUCUCUGUUCCUUUUGAACCCAAUCUCUGUGCAAUAUCAUGUCUAUUACAGUAGAGGCAGGUUUUAUUGCCGUCACAAUACUUCCUCCCCAAAUAAAUCUAACCAGUCUCCAAACUCUGAGGACUGUUAAGGCCACUUCACCUUCAUAGAGUAACCAAUGCACUUUUCCAAUUAAUCAGCUGUGGAACCUCAAGAACUAUCAAGUUAAAUUCAAUUAAAUGGUUUAAUCAUGCGAGCAAAACCAACAGGAACGAGCAAAUCAUAUGAAACUAAUUUCAAAAUCAAAGAGUAACGACGUGAAAUACUGCUUAGCCGGAGAAUAAAGACUCGUGAAAAUCAAUGUCAAUAAAAUCUUGGCCAUCGUAUUGUAUAAUAUUUGUUUGGAACAACGAGUACCCCUGGCCCGAACGC